GACUCGAAACAUAAGACAGUCGUUAUAAUUUCAAGGCAAUGUUCUAUGCCCCGUAUAAAUCUUUAUCUGAAUUAUCAAUUUUUCAUCUAUUUUACUACACACCGAUUUGUCGUUCUUUACCACUAGAACAACUUUUUCAUUCAAGACGCUCACGAAAUAGUCAUUGCGCAUUACCUGAGACCUCUCAGAUGUGAAGCGUCCUGAACUAACAACAAAAAAGUCGACCAUUCUGCUACGGCCCCGACGAUCACCGGCGCACGCAAGGCUCAACGCGACGAUUAAUUACAAUCACAAAUCAAAUUCGCGCGGAGAACGGAGAGGCGCGCGAGCGACGGUCUUUCUUUCUCGGGCGCAUCGUUCGCAGUCGACGGCGCGCGGCCGAAUGGAAAGUAAACGUCUACGCCAUCGCGAUCGGAAGACUCGAAAUUGACGUCUCGUGAACAGGCGAGGAUACCGGGCGAGAAGUUCUCUCACGGGCCGGCCGCCGAUGACCGCUCGAUGGUAGACGCGCGUGAAAGGGUCGAAGAGCCUGGAGGCGCGAGGUCGAGGUUAGGUUGACGCGAGCACGCGAUCGACGGAAUUCCCGGCAUCAAACCGAUAACGGAAAGGGUCGAAUUUCGUGUUUUGCGAUUCGGCCAGCAGAAGUGGCGAGGAGUUCUCCCGGCCCGGUCGGGGCCUACGGUCUCGAAACGACGGAAAUUCACGAGAAAUGGCGACCGUCGAUUCGGAGAGCAGGCGAACGCGAAGGUGGAGGCCUCGACGGCGUAAUUGAUGGCUCUUGUCGAGGGAAAAUCCCUACACCGACAGCAGGAGAGCAUGCGCGAGCCAGCCAGCCCCCCGCGCAAGAGAGAGAAAGAGAGAGUCCGAGGGGAUGACGGGGACCGUUCUCGACCGGCCGAGCGAAACGACGAAAAUUCGACGAGUUUGGUGGGUGAGUUACAGGGAGAACAUGUCGGGCGAGCUGGUGGCAGCGUCGCGUUCGGUCCGCACGGCGGAAAUUCCCGAGCAGCGACGAUCUGGCAGCAGGAUCGCAGGAGAGCGAGUAGGUGGUAUCGCAGCUCGGCCGGAGCGACGGAAAUUCCCGAGAGCCGACGGUCCGGUAUCGGGAGGGCAGGAGAAGCGAGCUGGUGGCGCGGAUCCCCCGGCGAAACGACGGAAAUUCACGAGUCCCGACGGACAGGUGUCGGGAGAGCAGACGGCUGUGCAAGUGACAGGAGAACAGGAACGUCCAGCAGGUGAGAGUCGGUACUCCGGAGGAGGUGUGUCGUUGUUGAUUCAUGAGGAAUUUCGACACACGGACGUGCGCACACGGGCUCGACGUUAUUCACGGAUACGAGUGUGGCUUCAGAAGGCAGCUGGGCAUCGGCACGGUCGGCUGACGGUAACGCGCUUUGGUAUCAGGCGCUCAUGACCGGCGGAGAGGUGUGGUCGGCUUUUGUGACGUUGGCGCGCGGGAAGUUUCAACGGAGAUGAAAUUUCACCCCGGGAAAAAAUGUCGAUACGUGCACGAAUUCUCUGUCUCUACGUGGCACUAUGCGUAAUCAAAUGCGAAAUAUGAUCUAUAUGUUCCACGUCUGAAAAGUGUUGUUACAUGGAUGUAAUUGGUGUAAAUGCUUAUGUUUAAUGGCCGCCCACGAUGUAAACACUUGAUUGAAUCAAACGACUUUUUCCGUUUUCCGUUCGACAGCGUUUUUGUUUCGAUAUGUUUAAUUGUGUAUGUGGCCAUGUAGAGGCAAAAUUUAUAUAUAAAUUAUAUAUAGUUAUGUAUAAUUAUAUGUAAUUUUAUAUGAUUAUACAAAUUAUAUAAAUUUUUUUCCCCGGUCAUGCAGAAGUUUUAGUCGUAACCAUAAGAGGUUGUAAGUUUCAUAGUUAUGACUAAAAAUUUGUUACAUGCAAAAGCUUAAAAAUGUUUGUCACGUUGGAAUUUUACGAUUAAUUUUGUGGUCAAUCAAUAGAGAAGCAGUUCUAAGUCGUUGACCAAUGAGAAAUCACUAGAAAGAGGAUUCCAUGUCCCCAUGAUGACAAUACUAUUAAGACCCGGUUUUUUCAUUUUCUAGUUAACAUGUGGUUCAAACUUAAAUUGAGGGUUUUGUAGUGGUAACUUUAAAAAUUUAAUAAUUAACCAUCAAUAGAAAAAUGUAAUUUUUACAUUAUUAUCAGUUUAAGUCUAAACAACACGUUAACCGGAAAAUGAAAAACCAGGUCUGAAUGAAGGAAAGAACAUCAGAUUUUAUGACUACGGCUUUACGGUCAUGAUUAAAACUUUUUCACGUGUCAAGGCCUUAAAUGUCCGGGAUAUACAAUGUGUGUGAAGACAUGUUUCUUAAUAAAAAAUAAAACCUCUUCACUCGGCGAUUCGUUAUG